AUGAGCUCCCAAAUUAUCCGCAAGCGCAAUGCCACCGGGGCAUUUGCGACCCCAAUCGAUCCGCCUCAGCUUCGCGCUCACCCUCGCGCCCAUCAGCAAAAGGACGACAACGAGAAUCUCAUUGAUGAGACUGCCAAGAUGGCAAAGAGGCUCACCGAGGGCCCCUCCCAGACCCAAUGCGUUUUUGGCAAUGAAGACAUUGCCCCCGGCACCAGCAUUGCUGGCGUCUCCGGCCGCCUUGGCGAUCCCAAGCUUGCUUCGAUGCAGAAGAUGGUCUUCGACUCGGUUCCUGAGGGAAGUCAGGUCAAAAUCAUCUAUCUCAUCACCAAGAUAAAGGAGGAUGGUAACAACGAUCUCCGAGCUGGAACUGCCAACAAUGCCGCUGCUGCACAAGCUGGACCUUCCGAGGUUAACCGCUUUGUUCGACAGAACAAUCCGGUUCAGGACCGCGCUCGCGCCCAGGCCCACCAGCACAUACAGGGUGAGGACCAUGAUGAAGAGGAUGAAGAUGUCUCCCUGCGGCCUAGAAAGCGUCGCCGAGCUUCCUGCCGAGUCUCUCCUCUUCACAUGUCGCCUAGAGGCCUCAAGACCGAGAAAGAGGACGAGGAGGAAAGAGAGGAACUGAUCAAGGAAGAGGUCGAUGAUGAGGUCGAUGAUGAGGUCAAGGAAGAGGUCGACGAUGAGGUCAAGGAAGAGAUCGAUGAUGAGGCUCUCUUCUUUGCAGCACCCGACGAAGUCAUCAAUCGCAGCAUCUCUAGCUCGUACGCCAUGCACAGAAUGACUCCUUCCCUAUAUGGCCUUCUUUCUGGAAAUAGCUUUCCGUCUCCGGCUCGAACCGCUCAGCCGACUAACGCCUCUGAUAACAACGAUGACAGUAACGAGGACGACGGCGAGGAAUCAUUCCAAGUGAGAUACACUGGUGGUUUCUUUGAAGACUAUUUCGUCGCACAUGCCGGCGCCUUCCCCACUAAGGAUCCUGAUCCCCGUCUUUAG